AUGUCGGUCCAUGACCAUAUUUUCGUUAGAAAUGCACCGUUCUCCAACCUUCCUCCGGAGCUCUUGGAUGCUCUCAAUCAAACCUACUUUCUUCACCUUUUGGUUACUGAGCCUCACAAAGUCAUACCUCCUGGAAAAUCCCUCUUAUCCAUGAUGACCCGUGCAAAACUCCAAGUGCCAGAAAACGCGCAGAAUCAGCACAAACAUGCACAUAUAGAACAUCGCGUCAAAGAAGUAGCCCAUAUGGCAUUUUGGAACGAGAUUCCCCGGAUCCGAAAACUCUAUCUCGAUUUGCAUGAAUCACUGGUUACACUUUUCCCUCCAAAUCACCAUGUGCUUACUUCUCUGUCAUUGCCAUUUCCCCCAACCUCUUCGCCCCUUCUUUCUACACUCAGCUUCCUUGCAGAACUAGUCUCUGCAUUACGCCAAAGAUGUGCCCCAGUCAGGGAUGCAGAAGUAGACAUUCUCCUAGAAUCCUUGUCAAAUCCGCCCCAGAUUAUCACCCCGUUGGACGGCGUCGCUCAUUCUUCCACAUCUUCGACUGCUUCACUCGCGCAAUUUGUAAUUGAAAAAUUUAAAAUUAUUCUCAAGUUGGCAGAAAAUAUGAAGUCAGAUCUCAAUGCCUUCGUUUUUGGGACCAUGACUGAGGACCAGCUGCAAGGUAUCCUUCUCACCGAAGUCAAGGCUCGAGAACGUGACCUUGUGCUAAGAAUUUGGGGAGGCAAAGAUGUCGUGAGAGGGAAAUGGAGGACAUGGAUAUCUGAUAUACCAUCCACAAACCCGGGCAUUCCUGUUGAACAUAUAUGGAUCAAAAAACUUUUUCAGGCCUUGGAGUCAGACCGACCUAUAUUUUGCACGCUACCUUCUGCGACACCCUCACGUUCUGCAGAUGGUCAACCAUUGGAUAAUUCUGAAACAGACGAGCAUCCCACGCAACAAAAAAUGAAUGAACUUCCUCCUCAACUUUUUUUUUCCGCACCCUUGUUUCUAUAUGUCCAGAAUUGCAUUCAGGCAAUCGUGAUCUCUGCUGUUCUGCGCUCUCUUACACGCCUGUCUGCACCAAUACCGUCUAGGAAUACUAAUCCAACUUUAGCCCAAGGUGCUCCACCCUCAGAAGAUAAUGACUUCAUGAUGCGCAUAUGGACUCUUCUUAAAGGCGAAAUUGACGAGGAGCAUGGCAACAGCCAUAAUAAUAGCGAGGCCGACCAGGACCUAGGAGAGCACACCAAAGUAUCAAACCUUGCUGAAGAGGUCAUACACGCACGCCGUCAAUUCCUGCAGAGGUCUCCAACAUCUCCAGAGCUGUCUACAGCGGAAGAACAACGUCUCCGCGAUGCUGUCGGGCGCACAUUAAGUUAUACUGAUCCAGUUUUUCAGUUACUUAGGAAGAGGCUAAUGAACGCGCUACAAACUCAAAUAUUAUCCCUGUCGUCUUCUCAUACGCCUAUUAAGACUAUCCCUAUCAAAAUGCAGACUGGACAUAAUCUACUCGAAGAGAGGGCCGGGAAGCGGCCCAGACUAAAUUCGCCGCAUUCUGCUCUCCCUAGCACAAAUUCGUACUUGAGUCGAGAAAUUAAUUGGACCACGGAGGCAAGGAUAUCUGGAUUUGACAAUGUUGUACUGCAACAAGCUAUCAUGGAAGUUUUACGCAAAAUUGUAGAUGCUGUGGGCUGGGUCGAAGGGGUAUGGGGGGACAUAGUUUAA